UCAUUCUAUACACAUUUCCUUCUUCUUCAUCAUUUCUUCCCUAUUCUUGCUCAAUCUCUCCUGUUUAUACAAUAUGGGUAUCAAUUAUCCAACAAUGGUGCUCUCAUUGAGAGGUUGAACACAAUCAAGUGAGAAAACCUCCCAAAAUACCAAAAAUUUCAUACAAAAAUUUCAGCCAAAAAAAUUCGUUCUGAAAAAAAAAAAAAAAGAUGCUGGAAGCACCCAGAUCCAGAGAGAGUCCGAAGAAGCAGCCAUGGCCCAACCAGCCCGAUGGCGACGCUACACCAAUCCGGAGGUGGAGUGCGAGCUCCGACCUGCCUCGAGCUUCACCACCCCAGCCGCGACCUUUUCAUCAAGCCGGAUCACUGGCGGUCAUCCUAGCAGUGGACUCAUCCACCAAGAGCCUAGCAAGCUUCCGCCAUUAAUGGCAGUCCAGAGCUUGGCCCACAACUCGAGCAGCUGCAACAUCGGAAGGUUCAACCAUUGGACACUCCUCCCGGCUGGUUGCGUUUCGGACCCUAACCUCUGUCAACGCAACCGGAUUUUUCCGGCUGAGAGUCCUUAAUUUCCGCCAUUAGUGGUCAGUCGACCGCCCACCGGAGACAAGUUUUUCCGGCCACCCUUGCUCCGCUACAGCAAACAUCCCCACUGUCACUAAGCGGCACGAACUGUUGCUAUGGGUUGGCGAUGUGUUCUUUAAGAUGGAUGUGUUCUUCCAGAAAGCAUCUUACCGUCAUCCCCUUCUUCCGAUGUGUUCUUCCAGAAAGCCUCUCCACAAGAUUCUCCUCAUUUGGUUCUAAGCAGACCACGUCCUCUAGAUGGAUUGAGGCCAAGCAAAUGAUGGCCAAUUUCCUUGGAGAAGAAUUGACCAAGUCAAAAUUGGCAAGGGGAGACCACACCUGAUUAUAGUUCUCGUGGCAGAAGCUUUAUCUCCAAAAAGACUAAGUAGCUAAAUACUCCUCUUAAUCAUCUUCUGUCAGGCCCCAUUCCAACUAAACCAACCACACCAAUUAUCGCAAGAGGAAGCUGCCAGCUUUCAGAUGUGAUGGCCGACAGAAGCCACAUGAUGGAUGGCCAGUUUGACCAAGUCAAAAUUGAAGAGAGGAGUCCAAUCUAAUUCCAGGACACUCUUAGAACGGUGGGAGCCGCUAUUUCACAAGGCUGAGCUUGUCCAACCCAUAUGGAUCAUCUUCUCUAACAUAAUUAAUAUCUGAAAGAUAAGUACCCUUUAAUUUUCAUAUUAUUUAUAUUUAUUUAAAUAAAUUUUUUGUCAGGUGUAUGUCACACUAUCACGCACUUAUGAUCAAAAUGCCUAGUAGAGUGUGACUUGAGACCCAUCACUAGGAUUUAAAGCCCUGACUCCUCAGGCACAAAGCCCUGUCUCCUCAGGCACAAAGCCCCGACCAAGUCGGGCAUGAAGACAAAAUCCCGACCAAGUCGGGUACGAAGACCGGUCUUAGUCAUUCUUCGAGUGGCGACCGUUGCUUACGAAUGGCUCACACAUCCAUUCUACUAAGUAUUUUAUCAUUACAUUAACAAUUCACAUCUCCACUUGUUUCAAGUGACGAACUCCCGAUCGGGAACAUAAAUCCCAAGAAAUUUUUUUUAUAUGUAUGAUAAAUGUGUAGGUACGAAGAUGACUUUACUCAUUUUCACCUCGUCUCCACUCGCCUCAAAGAGUGGGGACUGGGGGCCUGAGGGGUCAGAGUUUCUAGAUGAGCAGAAAAUAUCACGCAAGAGCAGGAACGAGAGCUGAGUCAGUUGAAGAGGAGCUGAGCUAGAUUGAUUAUGCCGGAGGGGAUUUACCUUCCUUGUUUCAUGUUGGGGGCGCUAGGUGUACUCUUUUUCCCUUUAUUAGGAUUUUUUCCCACUGGGUUUUUCCUAGUAAAGGUUUUUAACGAGGCACCUCUCCAUAAUGGACAAGGGUGGUGGUCCCCCGGCCAAAGAUGAAGAACGUUGCAGAUACAGUUUGGACUACUCCCUUUCGCCUCUAGUACUCUCGACUCAGGGAGUGGGGGACUCCUGAUGGAUUACAUGGACUCCGACCCCCCCGGUAUGCCGACUACUAGGCCUGGACAGCGGCCCACACACGUUUAGCAGAUAUCAUUAUAUUAUUGUACAUUAUUAUUAUUAUUCAGAUGUUCUAGAUUAGCUUUUUAUACUAUCAGUCCAUUUAUGUAACCGGGUCUGUCAGGCCCAUAUUAGAGGCCCAGACCCGGAUUUUCCCUAUAUAUACUCCUUAUAGGAGGCUUGUAACUCAUAUAACAAAUAUUCAUUCUAUACACAUUUCCUUCUUCUUCAUCAUU